AUGCUUCUUUUUCGUGAAGAGAAUACAUCGAGGAAAGAAAAACUUGUGACAUUGUUAAUAAUCGAAGACGGUGCAAUGAACGAACCUUUAAUCGUUCAUCACGCGUACCACAUAAGCAUCAAUUUACAGAAACACGAUCAUCAAUUCACAUUCGUCGGAGAGAGAAGUGAAUGUCAGAUUACCUCCAUUAAUUUUCCGACAAAAAAAAAGAAGUUAAACGAGAACAAUGGAAGCGACUACAAAUAUGGAUAG